AUGUCAUCCAACUCCAAUGCAAAGCCCUUCCCCCGCCCAGCAGCGGGGUAUAGCCAACCAUUUUGGCGAACGCAACCAGAUGUCCUCGAUAAGCAUCAAACCACACCAGAAUUGCCAGAGGAGACUGAUAUUUUGAUUAUCGGUGGAGGUUAUGUCGGAGCUUCGGCCGCCUAUCGCUUGCUCGCAGAGAAUCCGCAAAAUCCAACCCCCCGGGUGGUGCUGCUUGAGGCUCGGGAGCUGUGCUCUGGUGCCACCGGGCGCAAUGCUUUGUUCACCGAACGAUACGGCAUCGAAGCAGCGUUGGAGAUUGUACGGUUUGAAAUUUCGCACUUGAAGAUCGUGGAGGAGCUGGUUCGAAAAGAGAAAAUUGAUUGUGAUCUCACCUUCACCCGCUCUUAUGAUAUCUAUCACGAUGAAGCUCAACUAAAGAAGGUAAAAACCUUCUACGAUUUCUUGAUCGAACAGGGACUGGACUUUAUGGAUGAUGUUAAAUACCUGUCUCAAGCCGAGACCCGAGAAACGGCGUAUGUUCGAGACGCCAAGGGAGGCUUCAGUUUUCCAUCAGGCCAUCUCUGGCCUUACAAACUCGUCGCCCAUCUCAUUCGGGUUGCCGUUUCUCACGGCCUGAACCUGCAGACGAAUACACCUGUUUCUGCAAUCGGGGAAACUCCAAACGCAAAUGGAUUCUGGCCGGUGACUACCAGUCGUGGCACCAUUAACGCGCGCAAGAUUAUCCUCGCGACCAACGCGUUCACAAGCGCCUUGGCCCCGCAAUAUUCGAAAGCUAUCAUCCCCUGCAAGGGUAUCUGCACCCAGAUUGCCGCGGCACCUGGUGCACCCCACCAGGAGCUCUCUGGUACUUAUUGCACACGGUCUGGGCCGGGGGCGGCUGUUUAUCAAAUUUCCCGGAAUGACGGGACACUCAUUAUCGGCGGGGCGGAGAAUCUUUUCAAAGAUAAUCGGGAGGAGUGGUAUGAUAACCCAGAUGAUGGGAAAUUGAUUCAGGUUGCUGUGGAUUAUCUCGAUGGGCACAUGCAACGAAAUUUCCUUGGGUGGGAGGAUAGCAAGGCGGAAAUCAAACAAGUCUGGGCUGGUGUCAUGGGAUACAGUAAAGACUCGUUACCUCAUAUUGGUGGUAUUCCGGGUAAACCGGGUCAGUUUAUCGCGGCUGGAUUCCACGGCCAUGGUAUGCCUGUGGCAUUCUUGUCUGGAAAGGCUGUUGCAGAUAUGGCGCAGAACUCCGUUGCAUUUGAAGAUACCGGUUUACCCAGAUUGUACAAGACGUCACUUGCUAGACUGGAUCCAGUUCAUGAUGAUACUAUACGCUAG